ACUCGCACGCACCUUUUCGUCCUCCCAAACGCAGAUUCGCUGAUAAAGCAUCUGUUAUCUGAUCUUUCUUUAACCGGUCGUGGAAAAUUCGGAGUGUAUGGGAAUUUGGGAGUGUUUUUUCGUACUCGAAAGGGUAUCUCUAUCUCUCCUUCAUCUCGUAUAAAAAGCAAAGCGAAUGCAAGCUACUCUACUGUCCAUACGCAUUCACGCGCCUUCUCUUCACUACUGCUGACUUCUCCGGGAAUCUACACGGACUCCAGCAAAAAGGUUUUGAACAUACACACCAGUCCUAGAACAAUGAGGCACUCCGAGGCUUCUCCCUUUAUCUCUUUGGGCUUGAGGUGUUUGGUCAUUGUUGCCAUCCUCUGCUGUAAGAUCCCAUGUGUGACUGCGGAGGAUGUCACUUCCAGCUCAGAACACUCUGUACCCCUCAACAACACCUGUGGGGAGGAUGUCGUGUGUCAAAAGGGUGUCGUCUUGCCAGUCUGGCUUCCCCGUAACCCUUCUUUUGGUGACAAGGUAGCGCGGGCGACGGUUUACUUUGUGGCUCUCGUCUACAUGUUCCUGGGCGUCUCCAUCAUUGCCGACCGCUUCAUGGCCUCAAUUGAAGUUAUCACGUCCCAGGAGAGGGAGAUCACCAUCAAGAAACCCAACGGCGAGACCACCACCACCACUGUGAGGAUCUGGAACGAGACCGUGUCCAACCUGACCCUCAUGGCCCUGGGCUCUUCUGCCCCAGAGAUCCUGCUGUCAGUCAUCGAGGUCUGCGGCCACAAAUUCGAGGCGGGCCAACUUGGCCCCUCCACCAUCGUGGGCAGCGCGGCGUUCAACAUGUUUGUCAUCAUCGGGAUUUGCGUGUACGUGGUGCCCGACGGGGAGACGCGUAGGGUCAAGCACCUGCGUGUGUUCUUCGUCACGGCCUCCUGGAGCAUCUUCGCCUACCUGUGGCUCUACCUGAUCCUGGACGUCAUCUCCCCGGGCGUGGUGCAGGUGUGGGAGGGCCUGCUGACGCUCUUCUUCUUCCCCAUCUGCGUGCUGUUCGCCUGGAUCGCCGACCGCCGUCUGCUCUUCUACAAGUACGUCUACAAGCGCUACCGCACCGGCAAGCACCGCGGCAUGAUCAUCGAGACCGAGGGCGACCGGCCGCUGCCCUCCAAGGUGGACAUCGAGAUGGACGGCAAGAUGCUCAACUCGCACGCCGUGGACUUCAUGGACGGCUCGCUGGCCAUGGACCUGGACGACAAAGACCUGGAUGAGGAGGAGGCCCGACGGGACAUGGCCAAGAUCCUGAAGGAGCUCAAGCAGAAGCACCCGGACAAGGAGUGCGAGCAGCUCAUCGAGCUGGCCAACUACCAGGUGCUGAGCCAACAGCAGAAGAGCCGCGCCUUCUACCGCUGCCAAGCCACUCGUCUGAUGACGGGCGCCGGGAACAUCCUGAAGAAGCACGCGGCCGACCAGGCGCGCAAGGCCGUCAGCAUGCAGGAGGUGCGCAGCGACGCCGACGCCAACGACCCCAUCUCCAAGAUCUACUUUGACCCCGGCUCCUACCAGUGCCUGGAGAACUGCGGCACGGUGGCGGUGACGGUGGUGCGCCGCGGCGGGGACCUGACCCAGACGGUGUCGGUGGAGUUCCGCACGGAGGACGGCACGGCCAACGCCGGCUCCGACUACGAGUUCACCGAGGGCAUGGUGGUGUUCAAGUCCGGCGAGACGGCCAAGGAGAUCCGCGUGGGCAUCAUCGACGACGACAUCUUCGAGGAGGACGAGAACUUCCUCAUCCACCUGAGCAACGUGCGCGUGCUGUCUGAGGGCACCGAGCCUGGCAGCGGGGAGCCGGCCGACGAGUCCACCACGCCGACGGCCGCCGCCAACCACCAUGCGGAGAUCAUGGCCUGCAUCGGUGCGCCCUCCACUGCAACCGUCACCAUCUUCGACGACGACCAUGCCGGCAUCUUCACCUUCGAGGAGCCGGUGAUGCAUGUGAGUGAGAGCGUGGGCACCAUGGAGGUGAAGGUCCUGCGUACGUCCGGAGCUCGCGGAGUGGUCACUCUCCCCUACAAGACCCUCGAGGGAUCGGCGCGCGGAGGUGGCGAGGACUUCGAGGACUCCCACGGCAUCCUGGAGUUCCAGAACGAUGAGAUCUUCAAAAUAAUCAAAGUAAAGAUUAUCGACGACGAGGAGUACGAGAAGAACAAGAGCUUCUUUUUGGAGAUCGGGAGUCCCACCCUCCUAGAGAGCAAUGACAAGAAAGAGGAGGAGGGUGAGCCGGAGCAGGAAGAGGCGGAGCCACUGACAGGGGAGGAGGAAGAAGAGAGGCGCAUCGCUGAGAUGGGGAGGCCCAUGCUAGGGGACCAUGUGAAGCUGGAGGUCAUCAUCGAGGAAUCCUAUGAGUUCAAGAAUACAGUGGAUAAAUUGAUAAAGAAAACCAAUCUGGCCCUGCUUGUGGGCACCAACAGCUGGAGAGAUCAGUUCAUCGAGGCCAUCACAGUCAGUGCUGGCGAGGAUGACGAUGACGACGAGUGCGGCGAGGAGAAGCUGCCCUCCUGCUUCGACUACGUCAUGCACUUCCUGACGGUCUUCUGGAAGGUCCUGUUCGCCUUCGUGCCGCCCACCGACUACUGGAACGGCUGGGCGUGCUUCUGCGUGUCCAUCAUCAUGAUCGGCCUGCUCACGGCGCUCAUCGGCGACCUGGCCUCCCACUUCGGCUGCACCGUCGGCCUCAAGGACUCCGUCACCGCCGUGGUGUUUGUGGCCCUCGGGACAUCUGUACCAGACACCUUCGCUAGCAAAGUGGCCGCCAUCCAGGACCAGUACGCCGACGCGUCUAUCGGCAACGUGACGGGCAGCAACGCGGUCAACGUGUUCCUGGGCAUCGGCGUGGCGUGGUCCAUCGCCGCCAUCUACCACAGCUCCAGGGGCAAAGAGUUCCGGGUGGAUCCGGGCAACCUGGCCUUCUCGGUCACGCUCUUCACCAUCUUCGCCUUCAUCUGCGUGGCCGUGCUCAUGUACCGGCGCCGGCCCGACAUAGGCGGCGAGCUGGGUGGCCCGCGGACUGCCAAGGUCAUCACCUGCAUGUUGUUCUUCAGCCUCUGGCUCCUCUACAUCCUCUUCAGCUCACUGGAGGCCUACUGCCACAUCAAAGGCUUCUGAAUGCACACACACACACACACACACACACACUCCUACAUACUCACACACACACACACACACACACACAUGCAUACAACACACAUGCAUACAUACAAACACAUACACACACUCACACAUGCACAUACAUACACACACACACACAUACACAUGCACACAUACUCACAAAUACAUGCACACAUGCUCACGUACACAAGGAGACACACACACACACACAUAGUAAAUAAACAGCUACACAUGUGCCCACAUACACAUACACACAAGAAGUGUGACAGAAAUUGACAAACACAUUUACAUAAACACAUACACACUCACACAUACACACAUGCACUCUAUGUCUACAUGGACGUACAGAUUCACAUACAUGCAUAGAUUCGCACAUACAGACAACACUCAACUGAUGUACAUGUACAACAGUCAGACAUGCACGCAAAAUUUAACACUAUGACAACAACAAAAAAAAUCUGACUUGUGGGAGGAGACAGAAGCAACAGCGGCAAAAACUUAAGUUCAUCGUCAUCUUGUUUUGUUUGGACAUAUCUGAUCAUAGCCCCUCCUCCGUUGUGCUUGUUCUCAUGCUCUGCCCCGCCCCUGUGCUCGCCGCCGCGUUUAUCAUCCAAUAGAGACCCUCGAUCAAGUAAUCUGAACAUGCUGACAGCCAAUCUAGGAAAUGCCCAUCAGAAGUCUUAGCCGCAGAGGAUUGUGGGAGUUGUAGUUCCAUUUGGCGCGGGGGGCCGUGAUAUCAUGGGGUCCGGUGGGUUCGCUAAUGGAAUAUGUAAUGGUUAAAAACGACGGAGUUUGUCUAAUUGUAGGGCUACUGAGAUGAUCUGCUGAUGGUCAGGAUGGUUUAGAGGUUGUUCAGGGUGGCUCCAAACUUUCAUUUUGAGUUCACAAGGGUCGAAUUGGAGAUAGAUGGAAAACAUGGGACUGACAUCGACCAAAAGGACAUUAACAGAGAUGGCCUAGAAUAGCCAUAUAACCACUACGACCCUACGGGAAUUGUAUGAGCUCUGGUAGCGUCAGGGUUUUCCUGCAAAAUUGUAAGGGUGGAUAGAUGUAGUAGACAGGCAGUCGAAGCCGUCUCAAAACAAGCUUUUCUAUGUCCUGCAAGUGCCAUUUCAGAGUGUCCGAUUACAAGUCCGUCACCAGCGGCAGUCAGAGUUUACCUGGUCACAGUCAAAUGCUCACACACACACACAAACACACACACACAUACACACACACACACACUGGGCCAGAGCUGCAGUUGUGUAAAAUCAAACGCAGCGACUGUAUUGCUCAUUAGAUAUCCUCGUAAUUGAAUAAGAUUUAAAACAAAAAAUGAUAAUAACUUAGACUGAAGAGUAGAAUUAGUAUAACUCCUAUGAUGCAGUAGAAGGUCUUCUUGUCGAGGACUUCAUCCCAUGUGGAUCUUUACGGGGCUAGAGUCGGUUCCCAUAGGGACUCUUGGCUCAUGAAGGAGAUUGAAGAGGCAAGUGUUUUUUUAUACAGAGUGGCGUGUGUUCUGUAUGUGUCUAAAUGGUCUUACUGCCGAUACCAAGACUAAAGGUUUACACUGACGACUGUUACUACUCUGCACCCCGGCACAUGCAAAUCCAGUGCGUGUCGACAGUUGACAUCCGGACGCCUUCGUCUCUGGCGUGUGAACAUGCACAUCAGUUCAGAAUCGAGAGCUCAGCUCAUCUCGGUCCAUCCUUACACGUGCAGUGACCCAAUCAUCUGGCGGUUUGGUUACAGAUUUGAAAAUACUCUAGAGGUUAGACUUGUUGUGUAAUGAGAAACUCCAGAUUUGUUUUAGAGUCAAAUGAAGCUGUAGUGUACAGUAGUGCCGAUGUAUAAGAUGAUGUUAAACACUUGUCAUAGAAAUCCAAGAGACACUAGAUCACCAUAGAAUUGACAUAAGGUUUAAAAAAAAAAUGGCUAGAACUGCAAAAAAAAAAAAUCUGCAAAAAAAAAAAAGCCUGUUAUGUUGGUCCACGGUAGUGUAGCCUGCUCUAAGUUUGCCAAAGGGAAAAUCUUUCAAAUUGAGAUUCUAUUGCCACCCCAGUCACUCCAGCUUGUUUUCUAUGUGAAAGUGGCAUUUUGUACCGUACCAACACCAAAUGUCCCUCCCAGAAAUAAGAAGCCUUGCUAUAGUUUUGCCUGAAAAAGGAUCUUUAUUAAUAAUAAUAUUUAAAAAAAAGUAUUUGUACCAGGUGUUCGCAUUUCCAGGACUGAGGGCUGAUGGUUGUGCCCUCUUUCCGUGUGACUGACUUUAACUUUUUCGUGGAAGGAUGCAUAUCUUAAAUAGCAUUUUUAAUCCAUAAAAAAACAAUCUGGGAAGGGGUCAUGGGUUUGUAGUAGCCUGUAGAUUGAUUAUGAAGGAGGUCAAAUCCAACAUACUAUUCUAACCAUCUGUCAUUUUUUGUUUUGUUUUUUUUUUGUCUUUAAAAUGAAAGAAGCGUUCUGCACUGGUUACCAUAAGCGACUGUACUACGAAGACCCGCUGUUGCGUAAUUUUUUCAAACUCUCUCUCUCUCACUCUCUCUCUCUCUCUCUCUCUCUUCUACAUGUAGAGAGAGCUUUUUGACAAAUAAAAUAUGAGCGAGAAAAGGAAAAAAAAAAGAAAAAAAAGGGAUUUAACCCUGAAGCCGAGCGUGACUACAGACUCGGCACAAGACUAAGAAGUGAAGGAAAAGGCAGAGGGGGGAGACAGCAUUGCGUGAAGUUCAGCCAUACUCUGUUCUGCUGCACUGAAGCUGUUUUCUAAAACAAAACAAAAAAAAGGACUUCCUCUGUGCAGUCUCUUCCCCAACAAGACCCCCGAUCCCCCCCUCCCCCUUCCCCUAUUCCUACUCCCCUUCCUGGAACAUCAUCUGCAGAGUGCGCCUGUCUGCUGGCCGAGCUCUCACCGCUAAGGCCCGUGUCUGUCCAGAACAUUCUCUGCGUGACCAUGCCCAUGCGCUGCAGUCCUUGUCUGUGGGCGUGUCUUGCACUCUGCAGUAUUUAUCUGUGGGUGUGUCUUGCACUCUGCAGUAUUUAUCUGUGGGUGUGUCUUGCACUUUUCCCGUGUGACGACCCCCCCCCCCCUCCCCCGCCCACUUUCUCCCCAACCCCCUUGUAACCAUUCCUGUCUCCCCCAUCCCUCCCUCCAAAACCCCCUUUGCCAUGUCCAUAUUUGGAAUGUUAAUGUGCUACUUGUUCACAUGCAUGGAAGCUAACCUGUCUGUAUAUAGUAAGCAGUAUCCCAUUCAUUUAUGUCAACGGAGGUUUGAAUGUUGUAUAGACUUGGACUGUUUUAUUUUCUUUGUUUGUUUGUUUGUUUGUUUAGUUAUUGUUUGCUUUGUUUUGCUUUUUGUUGAUUCUCCUGUUGAAGUUUAAAUUUGAAUAAGCUCAUAUUUUAUUGGUUAACUUGCACAUGUAAAUGGAAAAGGCAGUAUCUGUUGUUCUUGUGAAUGCAGAAAUCUUACACUACAUGGGGGUGCAUGGGUACUUGUACAAAAAGCCUCUGCUUGCUCAAUGCCAUGGUUGUAUUAUUUGACAAUAUAAGAGAAUAUUGUACAUCAAAGGAUAUUUUGUCAUUGAAGAGUUCAUAUGUGUAUAUACUGUACAGUGUAAUCAGAGCAAGGUGAAAACCUGUGCUUAUCACAGAGAAUUCAACAUAUUUAUUUUAAACCCAUAGGAAAUUCAAGAAUGACAAAUAUUGCCUUUUGGAGAUGUAGUUGCUUGAAGCUUGUUUUGUUCUCUUUCCUGCGCUUAGCAGUGUGUGUGUGUGUGUGUGUGUGUGUGUGUGUGUGUGUGUGUGUGUGUGUGUGUGUGUGUGUGUGUGUGUGUGUGUGUGUGUGUGUGUGUGUGUGCGUGUGCGUGUGCGUGUGCGUGUGCGUGUGUGUGCGUAUGUGCGUGCAUUCAUGCACGUGUGCGUGUGUGUGUGGGUAAAUAAUUUGUGAUGUUGAUGUGAGCAGGAUUUGGGGUUACACAUAAACCUGUGUCUCUUGAUUUUUCCUCUCUCUUUCUCAAAUUCAUGUUGCUCUUGAUGCAGUCUUACUCCUCCUCACUCUCUCAUUCUGUGUGAGUGUGCGUGUGUUUGUGUGUAUGUGUGUGUUUGUGUGUGUCUGUGUGUGUGUGUCAGCUUCCUGACCAAUCCAACUUUCCUAUCCAUUCAUCUGACUCUUCAUCCUUACUGCUAAUUCUGUUCAUUAUCCUGUAUUUCCUCUUUCUUUCUUUCUUUCGUUGUCUUUCUUUCUGCCUUUUUUCUUUUACUUCUCUCUUUCUCAUUUGUUUCCUCCUGUUUCACAGGUCGAUUGUUUUUGUUUUGUUUUGUUUUUUCAUUUGUCGUUGGUUAGUUUGUUUUUAUUUAACAAUGAGUUUCGGAGUAUCAUGGUUUUGUUGAAGUCCUUGCUGUUUUUAUUUUCUCCUUGUGUUGCACUCAAACUAAUAAGAAGGAAAGUCCACUAACUGUGAUUGCUCUCCAUGGUACACUUCUACACAGGAAAUAAAGUUUGGGAUAUCCUGUUUAUA